AUGUCGAACGCGAUAGAGGAUCCCCGGGUCAGGGCGGCCAUUGAGCACUACCUGUUAGAUCUGGAGAACACCCAGCCGAAGAAUACGAAGCGAAAUUAUCGUCCCAAGCAGGAAGAAUGGAAGGAGUGGUGUCAAGCCAACUGGCCUGCGAUCCCGGACGUUUGGCCGGCCUCGGUACCACAGGGCCAACAGCUACCGGGAGACCUGGUCGAUGAAGGAAAGCUCUUGCUCUUCAUGAAGGAGGUAGUGGCAUCACGUCCUCCAAAGAAAGGAAAGAGGGUCGCCGAUGAAAGAAAACGACACCUCGAGGCUCAGGAAGCCAAGAGGGCCGUGAAAAGACGCAGAGCACCAUCAGAUACCAUCGUUGUAGGCGGCGGAGGUAGCGAAUACGAGUCAGACUCCGACUUGGAGUUGUAUGAGUCCACGCUCAAACUACAGUAUAAUACUAUACCCGACCACACCAACGUGGCAUGGUCCGAGAGAGAGAUCGCCUGCGCCCUGAGGACGCAGGUGGACUUUCUGCUCGGGAACCACAUGCUGCUGCGGUCCGGCAACCGCCUGCCGAUGGAAAAAGGCGGAAAGGUUUCCGUCUUCCAAAGAAGCGAAGACUGGUAUGAAACGAAGGUGCUCCGCCGAUCGGCGAAGGAGCCUCAAGCUCCGUUGUCGGGCCAGACUGCCCGAGAAUGGACGUCCAGGUUCUACAAGAGGCCGGCAUCAAGGUCUCCAAGGUCAGCCACGCGCCUAGAGUGGCCGCGACGCAAAACGCCGACAUGGCCGGAGUGGAUGAAGGCCAGAUCCGCCGAGCCGGUCGUUGGAAUAACGGAGACCAAAUGA